AUGAAGACCAUCACCGCGAUUCUCGCUCUGCUUUUAGUCUCCUCGACGUCUGCAUCGGAAACAUCCCAUCUGAGACUUCACUCUGUAACUUCAAAUGAUCAUAAUACAGAGGAGCGUUCGAUGAACCAGAAGGCGCUGGCCAAGAAACAGGACAUGUUUUAUCGCAUGGCCCACAUGAAGUCAACGCCAUGGGACUCGCAGCCUGAAGAGCGUCAGGCCAAAUGCCAGGAUUUGUGUUUUCUAAAUGAGUUCUGGGAUGUUCAAAAAGGUCGUAAUUGCUACAACCGUCCCACGAGUUUGUGCUCUGUCUACGAAAAUGGUCUUGCGUCUAUGAAUGUGGUGCUCACCGUGGCGGAAUGCAUUUGCAACAGCACAAGCACCACUACAUCGUAA